AUGCAGGCGGUGCCAUCGCAGCCCUUGGGUGGAGGCAACCUGGCGCCCACAGCCCAGCAUGCGCCAUCGUCCUGGCCACUGUACCUGCCGCGAGUCGAAUUCGAUCCCGAGGACCGCCGUGCUGUGCUGGUGGACGCCCUGCUGAGCUCGCUUGGGGGCGACGCCGGUUGGCAGCUGCUGCGCCGCGUGCGCACAUACCUGCCGCAGGCGAGCCCAGAGAGUGACAUGGUGGUCACAUUGAUAUGGGUGGAGUAUGUGCUGUCCCUGGACUGCGAGGAGCUCCUCCAGCUGGGAGGCAGUAGCAUCGACCUCGAACCUGCGCUCGAGCUAGAGCCGCUUGAGGCGCUCGCAUGCAUCGGCGCCGCGGCGCACGAGGCGCUGUUCGUGACUCACAAGCAGCGCACCGAGGAGCUGCCGGCAACGGCGCAGGGCCCCGGGUACGUGGCCGUGCGGCUGCACAACUACGGGCAGCUCAUGCACAUGCGGCAGCUGAAGUCCAAGUCCAUCGGGCACCUGGUCACAAUCCGAGGGACGGUUGUGCGCAUGAGCCACAUCCGGCCGCUCAUUGUGGAGAUGGGGUUCUCUUGCGCCAAGUGCGGCGCGGAGCAGCGUGCGGCAUUCCCAGACGGCCGGUUCGCGCCGCCAACCAGCUGCACAGGCGGCGGCUGCCGCAGCAGGACCUUCGUCGCUGACCGCCCCUCUGCCAGGUGCAUUGACUGGCAGAAGAUCCGGGUGCAGGAGCUGCUGGGCAGCGACGCACAGCAGCAGGGCCGCGUGCCCAGGACGGUCGAGGUGGAGCUCCGACAGGACCUGGUCAGCAGCUGCGUUGUGGGUGACGUGGUGACGGUGCUGGGCCUCGUCAAGGUCCUCGCCACUGGCGACCAGGGCCCGCGCGGGCCCAAGGGCAAGCAGCAGGGUGGCCAGCAGCAGCAGAGCCUUUUCCUGCUCUAUCUGGAUGCAGUGUCUGUCGCAAACAACAAGCGCGCCGUGCGGCAGGGCGCGGGGCCUGCGGGUGCCACAGCGGCGGCAGAGGCAGGGUGGCCGCCGGGGCAGGCGCGCGAUCAGGCGCAGCAGCAGCAGCAGCAGCAGCAGCAGCAGCAGCAGCAGCAGCAGCAGCAGCAGCGGCAGAGCCAGCAGGGGCAGCAGGCGCUGGCGGCGCUGCCGCCCAACAUGCCGGACUUCACAGUGCGGGACUUGCAGUUUGUGCUGACGUUCCUGGAGGAGCACGAGGGGGACGCGCUCCGGCAGCUGGUGCACGCACUGUGCCCAUCGAUAUACGGCCACGAGGUGGUCAAGGCGGGGCUGCUGCUAGCGCUGAUGGGGGGCGUGCGCAAGAACGGGGACAGCGCAAACAGGGUGCCCAUCAGGGGUGACGUCCACGUGCUGCUGGUGGGGGACCCGGGGCUCGGCAAGAGCCAGCUGCUGCAGGCCGCGGCGUCUGCGGCGCCGAGGGGCUUGUACAUCUGUGGCAACACCUCCACCGGCGCGGGCCUGACUGUGAGCGUGGUGCGCGACGCGGUGACGGGGGACUCCAUGUUUGAGGCGGGCGCUGUGGUGCUGGGGGACCGCGGGGUCUGCUGCGUCGACGAGUUCGACAAGAUGGCCGGGGAGCACCAGGCGCUGCUCGAGGCAAUGGAGCAGCAAGAGGUGAGCGUCGCCAAGGCGGGGCUGGUGGCGUCACUUCCGGCGCGCACAGCCAUACUGGCCGCAGCCAACCCCGCGGGUGGCCACUACGACAGAGGCAAGACGCUGCAGGCGAGCAAUACUGCUGAGUCUCCCACUCAGCAGGCGCGUGGCCCUUGCCUGCACAGCUGUGAGAACCUGCGCCUGUCCCCUGCCAUGAUGUCGCGCUUUGACCUGACCUUUGUGCUGCUGGACCGCCCCGACGAGCUGCUGGACCAGGCCCUCAGCGAACACGUCAUGGCGCUGCACAGCGGCUUGGAAGACAGGGCCAAGGCGGCGCGCCAGCGGCUGCUGCAGCACCGCGGGCCGGGCGGCAGCGAUUCGCAACUGAGCAGCCAGGCGACGCCAGGCGGCGACCGGUGGGGCGGUGGUGGCGGCGGCGGCGGCGCGGGGCGGGGCGGGGCGCAGCAAUUGCAGGGCGCGUCGCUGCGGCAGCGGCUGCAGCUGUCUGGUUCCGACGUGGAGGCGUCCCAGCCGCUGCCCGUACCGCUGCUGCGCAAGUACAUCGCCUAUGCCAGGGCCCACGUCCACCCCGUGCUUAGCGACGACGCGCGAGAGGCGCUGCAGGCGUUCUACCUCCAGCUGCGCGCCGACAGCGCCGCCCCGAUGAGCGGCGGCGCGCCCAUCACCGCGCGGCAGCUGGAGAGCCUGGUGCGGCUGGCAGAGGCGCGGGCGCGCGUCGACCUGCGGGAGGAGGUGACGCGCGCUGACGCGGAGGUGGGCGGACGGGCGCUGCGCCACGGGCGUCCACGCGGCGCCGGCGCAGGGGCGGCUAUGCGCUGGGUGCUGCGGCCCGUUUUCGGGCAGCAGGACGCCAUAGAGAUCAUGUCAGAGGCCCUGCUGGCCCGCUGCGGGGGCGGGGGCCUGGGGUUCGGCGCAGGGCUGGGCCUCAUCGACUUCCGCAAGGACAAGGGCAGCAGGGGCGGCCGCGCGGGCGAGGCGGCGCGCUUCCUGGCGUCGCUGCGGCGGCUGGCGGGGCGGGAGCGGCGCGACACGUUUGACAAGGGGGAGUUGCAGGUGCCUGUGCUGUUGGGCAUGGCCGACGUCCAAAAACACAAGCAGCUCAGGAUGCUGGCGUUCGGCGACUCAAUAACGGAGGGCUGGAUUGACUCCACCGAGGAGAAGCACCCUUACACAUGGCGGCUGGAGUCGAUGCUGCGAGACCGCCUGGCACCCAAGGGCAUCAGCGUGCAGGUCACCAACGGUGGCGUUGGCAGCGCGGGCGUGCUGGACAGGCUCAAUGACGCGCUGCUGGGCCAGCUCAAGGCUGCGCGCGAUGCGGGGCGGCCGUAUCACUAUGUGGUGUUCCUGGCUGGCAUCAACGACAUCCUGCUGCAGCACCGCAGCGCAGAUGACAUCAUCGUGCGCAUGAAGGAGCUCUGGGCCGCCACUGCAAAGGACGGAUCCACCACCGUGGUCAUACCCACCCUGCCCACCAACGUCAAGGAGGGCGAGGCGACCCGCAAAGCCCUGGUCUCCCGCAUCAAGGCCGCGGUGAGGGACCACCGGAAGGCGGGUGACGCCAGCCUGCAGCUGCUGGACCUGGAGCCAGAGAUCAACUGGUGGGCCAUGAGCCCGGAGCAGCGCGCCAAGGUCUACGACGACGGCGUGCACCUCACCGACUACGGCUACCAGCAGCGCCUGGCGCAGCUGAUAUUUGACGGUCUCGUGAAGAUCCUCAAGAUCUGA